ACCGCGUCCGCUCCGUCUCGCACACACACUAGCGCUCGAUGACAGACGGGGAGGGGGAAGCGGAGAGAAGUAAGCCCCGGAUCUAUCUUCAAGAGAGAAAAUAGGAAAGAAAGACCGCGUCCCACUUUUAUUUCGUUUUUAGCGGCACCUUUCCGACUCAUAGACUUUAGGGAGCCCGUGGAGGGGCUGUGUCACUGUCUGUAGGAUGUCCCGACAUGAAGGUGUGAGCUGUGAUGCAUGUUUAAAAGGGAACUUCAGAGGGCGCCGAUACAAGUGUUUAAUUUGCUACGACUACGACCUUUGUGCAUCUUGCUACGAAAGUGGAGCCACAACAACUAGACACACCACGGAGCACCCAAUGCAGUGCAUACUAACCAGGGUAGACUUUGACUUGUAUUAUGGGGGGGAGGCAUUCUCAGUAGAGCAGCCUCAGUCAUUUACUUGUCCUUACUGUGGUAAAAUGGGCUACACGGAAACAUCUCUACAGGAGCACGUGACCUCAGAGCAUGCAGAGACCUCUACAGAGGUGAUUUGCCCAAUCUGUGCAGCUUUGCCUGGUGGCGACCCCAAUCAUGUGACAGAUGACUUUGCUGCUCAUCUCACACUUGAACACAGAGCACCUAGAGAUUUAGAUGAGAGCAGCGGCGUACGGCACGUUCGUCGGAUGUUCCACCCUGGGCGGGGACUGGGCGGUCCGCGGGCACGCCGGACUAACAUGCACUUUACCAGCAGCUCCACUGGUGGGCUCUCCUCUUCACAAAGCUCCUCCUACUCUCCAAGCAAUAGGGAAGCCAUGGACCCCAUAGCAGAGUUGCUCUCUCAGCUGUCAGGUGUGCGGCGCUCCGCGGGGGGACAGCUCAACUCUUCUGGCCCCUCGGCCUCGCAGCUGCAGCAGCUGCAAAUGCAGCUUCAGCUGGAGCGCCAGCAGGCACAGGCAGCACGCCAACAACUGGAGACGGCACGUAACGCUACACGCCAACGCAGCAACCCUAGCAACAUCAGCGCCAGCAUCCCGCCACCCAGCACCGCCACAAACACAGCCAUGACUGAGAGCAACCCGCUGGCCUCCCACAGCUCCCAGUUUCUUCUCUCACGGUUGAACGAGCCGAAGAUGUCCGAGGCAGAACGGCAGUUGCUGGAGAGCGAGCGCGCGGACCGCAGCCUGUUCGUGCAGGAGCUGCUGCUGUCCACACUAAUGCGAGAAGAGAGCUCGUCUUCCGACGAGGACGAAAGGCGAGACUUUGCUGACUUCGGCGCCAUGGGCUGCGUGGACAUCAUGCCUUUAGAUGUGGCUCUGGAGAGCCUCAACCUGAAGGAGAGCUCCACAGGCAAGGAGCCUCCACCACCUCCUCUUUGAUGAUAUCCCACCACAACGCAGACAAUGUCCUCUGUGCUGUAACUGCCAAUGACGGUGGGCAAAAAACACAGCUCUCUCUAAUUUUGUUCUUUUUUUUUUUUCUUUUUUUGGUGAUUGUAAUUUCAGGUCUGUCACCUUUUGUUACAUUGUAUAAAUCCAUAAAAGGAGAGCGAGAGGAAAAAAAUCCAAAUACAUCAAAUACAGGCGUGUGAGAGAGUGAGAGAAACCUAGAGACCGAUAAACGGAACGAGAGAGAAAAUAAGAAAUAUAAAUAUAUAAAUAAAUAUAUCUAUAAGUUGAUAAUCAAUUCCACAUAACUCAUUUUUUUCCUUUAGCAGGUGAGCGUAGGUAUCUGUGGCAGACCUCUGCUUCCUGUGUCUUGCAAAAGGCUCUCCUUAUAAAUACUCCACAUUCAAAAACUGAAGAGGAAACAAGAGACCUUCUCUAAUGAAGCUGCUGUGUGUAUUUAUGAAUAUUAAUGAAUAAAAGUGCUUGGAUGGUUUACCAUAACUACUGCAUGAGGUUAUUUGCAGCGUGCAUGACUUUUAAUGACCUUGUCAUUAAAAAGGCAAAAUAUCCCAAAGCUUUCUUUAACUUUUUUCCCAGGGUUACUUGAACGGAGCCCAUUUGAAAUGGGUGAAAUAUCUACCAAUUUAGGAUUUUACUUUUCUUUUUGUUUAAUAUGGAAAUCAACAGCAAAAUUGAAACCUGCAGUAGCUUCGCAAGAAAAACUGCUAAAUACUUAUGUCCCUCGGCUCCAAUCUUCCCCUCCUCAUCUGUGACGCUGUAGAGCACAACAGUGAUCGCACACUUAUCAGCGACAGAGGUUUCCCAUUCAUUUUUUUUCUCCAUAAGGCAAAAACUUAAAAAGUUUUGAAAAACAUAUAGGUACAAGGUUGCAUACCUUGGAAGGAUUAAACUACAAUUACUGACUUAUUUGUUCUUAUAAAAAUAUAAAACCUGUGUAUUUGUAUAUUGCAACAUUUGAAGUGGAUCAAAAAAGCCCAAUAAAGUUGUCUUAAGAACGCUUUAAGGUUUUAGGACAACUUUAAUGAAAGGUUUUGAUCCACUUCAAAUGUUGACUACUGUAAUUUAACGUACUUUGAAGAUUUGAGCAGAUUUAAAUACUGUUUUCCAAGAAUUUGUCACAAAUAUGCAAUUUUACAUAAGAAUUUGUCUGUUUAGACCAAUACAUCUAAAUGUUGGACAGGCUAAAUAAAAAUGUUAAUUCGAACUGUAAUAGUAGUGGUUCUGGACAUGUUUUCACAUGUGAAAAUCUUAUUGGUUUCGCAGUGCAAUGGAAAAGGAAUGGAACACCUUUCUGUAAAACAUAAAUAAAUUGUCGCAUUGAUGGUGUACGAAGGUUCAUGUUGGUCUGAACGGACACAUUAACAACUGUUGAUUUAAAAUUAAACAUUUUAUCGCACCAAAUAGUGCCAACAAAUAUUAUUUUUGCUGUGAACAAGCAUUUAAUUGUUUGUAAUAUCGCGGUGCUGAAUGGGAGUGGGUAGUCGUUACUGAACUCUUGCUGCGAGUUUUGUUUCCAUUAUAGCAGCAAAGUUUGAUUGGUUGAGCUCUCUUCAGAAUUAUGGGUAGUGUAGUUCCUCACAGUAAUUUUUUUUUUUUUAAUUUUUAAUUUAUUUUUUAAUGACAUUGAAACUUAGCUCAUCUUUUUCAGAGGUUUUCACGUUAAAAACUGGUUUCUCUAUGGAGUUAUUAAAUGGGAUUUUUACUUUCAAAACCUCACUGAUGCGCUCUAUUGGAUUUACAAAUGGUCUGCCCUAAAUGGCCGAGGCAAAUUAACACCUUAAACAUGUCUUGCUGCCUAUGAGAAAAAGAAUAUGCAGGUAUCAAUAAAAGAUAACCUGCUUUAUACCAUUUUAACUAGACGUCGAUGUCUUAGUGUCUGUGUAACCACCAGAUGUACUCUCUAACUUAUGCACUUGUACAGACAAGUUAGGCUCUCCAUUGUCAUCUCACUCUACUCUACUCCUCACAUCUGCUUUAUUACGCUUGGCACCCCUCUCUCUUCAUUGGUAAAAGGAGGGUGCAAGAUUGAAAAAAGAGUGGCUUACAUACUCUCUGCUAAUAGACAGCACCUUCUAUUUAUUCAGGGUUGUUUUGUUUUUUUUAAUAUCUUUUGGUUCUUUUAAGCUUUGUGAUUGAUCAUGCCACCUCCAUGCCUAUACUCUUAUCCUCUGUAAAAUACAAUGAGAUGUAUAUGGAAUUUGUGCGUUAACUUUCAUAAUGGAUCUAGGACAUGGGCAGACUUUCUUUUUUUUAAUGUAAAUUUAGAAUACUACAAUAAAAAUGUCACACAGCUUUUGAUGAAAACCAAA